AUGACAGACAACGCGGAGCUUGAGUCGUUUCGUCGCGAGUGGCGCGAGGAGGUUUCUCGUCGAUCAAAGCCAAGGUCUCAACCUACCACCCAGUCCACUCAAUCCACCCAGUCCACUGCGCCCACUGCGUCCGCCCCUCCAUCCGCUGCGCCCGCCCCAUCCCGACUGCCUCCGUACCAUGAAGCUUCUCACCACAAAGAUUUGGAGGAAGAGGCGGAGGGGGAAGAGGAAGAUGGACCCCCAUCGGCUGCAUUCGAUCCGGAUGGGCUGGCACAGCAGGUCGGAGAGCUGAGUGUGAACUCAAGAAAGAAAGCGGAGGAAGAUAUCUUCACCCGAGGGGUGGAGGAGGAGCCCAACUCAGCCUUGGAGCACUUCGAGCGGGCGGUUGAGAAGGAGGCUGCAGGCAAUCUUGGCGACAGCCUCCAGCACUACCGCCGGGCAUACCGACUCGACUCAGCCGUCGAUAAGACCUACCGCAAUAAGCACUAUUCCCAUGUGUGGAAGAAGCCCGCUCAACCCCCUCCCAACGAGUCAGCUGCAGUGCCCGUGACGGCCCCAGCGCCUGCUGCUGCUGCUUCUGCUGCUGCUGACGCCGAGAACCUUUCUACUGCCGAACUGAUCGCUUCAUUUGCUCAUCUACCCAUUCCGCAAGCCGAACCCUUGGUAGAAAACACGCCUCCGCCUCCAUGUCCUAUCGCGAAGGUCCCCUCGGAGGUAUUGAUCGAGAUACUAAGACAUGUUGCUGUGCGCGACCCUGCGACCUUCGGGCGAAUGGCUUUGGUGUGUAAGCAAUUUGCUUAUCACUUCGCGCACCAACAAAAUAUCUGGAAACAUCUCUGCCAGCGGCCCGAGUUUGGCUUCGACGGGAUGCAGUAUGCAUUCUCUUGCGAUACUCUUGGACAGCCCAUAUACACCCUCAGUGGACAACGCUACACACCUUUCCCGAUAGGGGCCUCUUUGGAUAUCCCGCAACCGCUAUCCUCCUGGAGCCAGGUGUUCCAGUCCUACCCACGAAUCCGGUUCACGGGUAUAUACAUUAGCACGGUCAACUAUAUGCGACCCGGAGCGGCCUCGGUCUUCCAGACCGUCUCAUGGAGUAGUCCCAUCCAUAUUGUGACGUACUAUCGCUACCUACGCUUCUAUCCAGACGGAUCAGUGGUCUCACUACUCACGACAACUGAACCAGUGGAUGUCGUACCGCACAUCAGUAAAGAGAACAUGAUGGCGGCGAGGGCUAUCAAAAAGGGUGGCCACCAUCUACGGGCCUCCGAGAUUGCCAAGACUCAACCCGAAACAGCCGACUAUGUUCCUCCAGUUGCCAUGGAUGCGCUGAAAUACUGCCUUCGUGGGCGCUGGCGUCUGACACCUCCAGUUCCUCCCGAGGAUGGUCCUGAGGAAACAGAGUUCUCCCCCAGACCGGGCCAGGAACCUACAUCAAUUGAUCCUCGCAAUCUCGUCAUUGAGACGGAGGGGCCGGCCUCACACUACGUCUACAUGAUGCAUCUGUCACUGCGAUCGCCGACAGCAUCUAAGUCGCACGUGAACCCGUCGAAGAAUACCAAACUUGUUUGGCAGGGAUUUUGGAGCUACAAUACGAUUACUGACGAUAUAGGCGAGUUCACUCUUCGUAAUGACCGGCCAUUUGUGUUUCGCCGAGUUAGGGGCUGGGGGCUGUAUUAA